UGAACCGGUAGGGAAGUACCUGAAAAUACUAUGGAUGGCCCGAAGACUUCCACCUGGACCGAUGCCUUUCCCAGUUAUUGGAACACUGUGGCAGAUGAGAUUUGACUUUUCUUAUGAGACUCUUAUUACGCUAGCAAAGAGUCAUGGGAAUGUCUUCACCUUGUGGUUGGGACAGUUACCAAUAAUUAUACUCAACGGAUUUGAGGCAGUGAAGGAAGGUCUGACAGCCCAUCCAGAAGACAUGAGCGGACGACCAACAAGUCCUUUUUUUGAAAAACUUGGCAAGAGAAAAGGCAUCAUUUUUGCCAGUGGAAAUGUAUGGAAGCAACAUCGGCGAAUUGGAGCGAUGGGUCUCAAGUUUCUGAGCCAAGGAAAGUCAGGCCUGGAGCAUCAGAUCCAAGAAGAGACUUUGCAUUUGAUUGAGGUCUUUGACAGCUCUAAAGGGCAGCCCAUGGAACCUUCUUUCCACAUCAUUCUUGCUGUUUCCAAUGUGAUCUGUGCUCUCCUGUUUGGCUAUCGAUUCUCCAAAGAUGAUGAAACUUUCCGCCAGCUAAUCAAAAGUACCGAAUUUAUACUUCAAAUUGGAGGAAGCAUCUGGCAGACUGUCUAUGAUACAUUCCCAUGGAUUAUGAAUCAUCUCCCAGGCCGUCAUCAGAGGGCCUUUGCUUGUUAUGACUUUUCAAUAUCUUUUGCAAUGAAGGAGAUCAGAAGUCAUGAGAAGAGUGGGAUGCUGGAUGAUCCACAGAAUUUCAUUGAUUUCUACUUGGCACAGAUGACAAAAAGUAAAGAUGACCCCACAUCUACUUUGGAUGAAAACAACCUGGCCUACAGUAUCUUCGAUUUUUUCAUAGCAGGGUCAGAGACCACAUCUACCACAUUGCAUUGGGCACUACUCUACAUGGUGGCCUACCCAGAUAUCCAAGGUUGAAACACUGAGAAACAAAUCUAAAAAUUAAUAAACGAUAUUCAUCUCUUAAAAAAAAGAAAGAAAAAGUGAGGGCAGCUGAGAACAGGGACAACAAUUACACAGGAGGCAGGAGGACAAGGAAAGUAAAAAAGGAAUUGAUAAAAUUUAUUUUGUGUGAAUUGCGAUUAGAGAUGUGUUCAUCUCCUAACGUAACAUGCAUUAAGAUAUGUAGACAGUGUGAUCACUCUGUUUAGAUAAGUGGGAUGCAAUUUUAGAAAUGAAUAAAUUUUAUUCUCUUCACCUUUUAAACAAAGUAAUCACCUCUGAGCUUAAUAUGCAGAUUGGAGCCCAAAGUUUUGUCCAGAUCAUCAAUGUCUCUCAAAAUAGAGUUCUGAAUGCAUUUGAAGUGAAACACUAAGACAAGGCAGCACAGUUCUGAAUGCCAUUAUUCUCAGGUCCUUCUGGAGACCUGAGUUGUCUGUCCUGGAGACCAAAAAUCACCCUGUGCUGUUUUAGCAGAGUGCUUCUCAUGUUUCUGGGAACACAAAAACAAUAGAUGUGGAGGAAGAGA